AUGCCACCAAGGAGACCUGCAUCUUCCCAAAACUGUCAGGCUAAUGAUGAUAUACCUCCUCCACCUGAGGCUUUGCCCCCUAUGAGUACUGAAGGGCUUUAUAGAUAUUUAGGGACUUUGGCUGGCUUGGUUGAGCGUCAGGCUAGAGCUACUGGAAGUAAUGGUCAAGGACAAUCCUCAUCUACUAGGGGUAGCUCAUUUGACGACUUUAAGAAGUUGGGUCCCCCUUACUUUUCUGGUACUUCAGAUCCAACAGAGGCAGAGGCUUGGAUUAUGAAAAUAGAGAAAUUCUUUGAUGUCAUUGAUUGUUCUGAGGAGCAAAAAGGCUCAUAUGUAGCAUUUAUGCUAAACAAAGAGGCAGACCAUUGGUGGCGCAUGACUAAGAGGCUUUUGGAGGAUCAAGGGCCCAUUGUGGGAGAGUUUGUCCGUUUGGAACAGGGGGAUUUGACUGUGGCCCAAUAUGAGGCUAAGUUUACCGAACUAUCACGUUUUGCCCCACAGUUGAUUGCUACAGAGGAUGAAAAAACAUUAAAGUUUCAGGAUGGACUAAAGCCUUAUCUGAAGAAUAAGAUAUCAAUUUUGAAGCUUAGUGUUUAUUCAGAGGUGGUAGACAGAGCCCUUAUUGCAGAGAAGGAUAAUGAAGAGCUUCACCAGUAUAAGGAACAACAAAGGAAGAGGAAUAGAAAUGAUGGUGCUCAUGGUAACCAAACACAGAAAAGGUCUGCUCCAAGUAGAAAUCAGAAUAAAGGAAAAGUAGCACAAAAUUUAGAUGGGAUUUGUCAUACUUGUGGCAAGAAGCAUGGGUAG